AUGACGUUGAUUAAAGGAGGUCGUCUCCUCCAUCAAUUUAUUGUGGACGUCUAUACAACAAUUGAAGAGGAUCGACUGAGGUGGGCGAGAAAUAACCAAGAUAUUUUGAGAGCCGAGCUCUACAGUAAUGUCCUUGAUGCUGUAAGCAAAGGUGAAACUGAUGCUAAUGUUAUUGGCCAGAGGUUUAUACUGCCGCCAAGUUUCACCGGCGGCCCCCGGUACUUAGUGGAAAAAUACCACGACGCAAUGGCUAUUUGCAGGGAAUUUGGCAAUCCAGAUUUAUUUAUCACAAUGACUGCCAAUCCUAACUGGAGCGAGAUUAAAGAGCAUAUUGGGAAAUAUGGUGGAGAUUCUCCUAAUGAUAGACCAGACAUUGAAUGUCGGGUUUUUAAAAUGAAGCUAGAUCAACUACUCAAGGAUUUCAAAGCAGGAACUUUCUUCAAGCCAUACAAGGCAGCUCUCCACCGAAUAGAAUUUCAAAAAAGAGGUCUCCCUCAUCCACAUAUAUUAUUGUGGUUAGGAAACUCUACCAGAACACCGAGUGCAGAAGAAGUGGAUGAAAUAAUUUUAGCCGAGCUCUCAAACAAAGAGGAAGACCCACCUGCUUACGACUUAGUCAUGAAACACAUGAUCCAGGGUCCAUGUGGGCUCUUUAAUCCGAAGUCACCGUGUAUGGAAAAUAACAUGUGCACGAAAAAGUAUCCUCGGCCGUAUAACGACAACACUUCAAUUGACAAAUCCGGGUAUGUGUUAUAUCGUCGACGCCGAAACGACGAUGCGUGUACAUUAAAGGCUAGGGCUGUACUAGACAACACCUUUGUCGUACCUCAUAACAUUAAGCUUCUGAAGAAGUACGAAGCUCAUAUUAAUGUUGAAUGGUGUAAUCGUACAAGCGCGGUGAAAUACUUAUUCAAGUAUAUAACCAAGGGCGUUGACCGAGCAACAGCUGUUAUUGAGAAGGGAAAUACAACAACUACAUCUGACGCCACGGGAUCCGGAGGAUCAAAGGAGAAAGUCGUCAGGCAACGCAAUGAGAUCCAAGACUACAUUGAAGCCCGAUAUUUGUCAGCUUGUGAGUCUAUGUGGCGGACUUUCGCAUUCCACAUACACAAAAGAAAGCCAUCAGUUGAAAAGCUUAUCAUUCACUUGGAAGACGAACAUAAUAUUACGGUUAAAUCAACAGAUAACCUCGGCCGUGUAAUCCACAAACCAGGUAUCGAGAAGACAAUGUUCACUGAAUGGAUAGUUUUAUGCAGAAGGUCAGAGUUUGCGCGGACACUAACAUAUGUGCAGAUUCCUGAAUAUUUUGUAUGGAACAACAGUGCUAAGGUGUGGACUAAACGUAAGAAAGGAAAAACCAUUGGCCGAGUCGUAACUGUCCAUCCUUCAGCAGGUGAUCGAUACUAUCUGAGGGUCCUCAUUAAUAAGAUUAAGGGUCCUAGAAGUUACGACGAGCUAAAAACAUACAACGACGUGAAAUACCCUGACUUCAAAUCAGUUUGCCACGCACAAGGCUAUUUGGACAAUGAUGUUGAAUGGCUCGAGAGUAUGUCAGAGGGUGCUCGAAUGGCCAGCCCAUACCAGCUCCGUGAUAUGUUCGUCACAUUCCUAAACAAUUGCUUCGUUGCAAGCCCUAAAGGACUAUGGGAACACUCAUGGAAAUCACUGAGCGAGGACAUACUUCACAAGAGACAAAGGAUCUUAGGUCACGCAAAUCUGGAACUGGACGAUAAGACCCUGGAGCAAUACACAUUGAUAGAAGUAGAAAAGUUGAUGCGCAUGCAUGACCGCUCCUUAAAUGAUAUUAAAGAUAUGCCGAAGAUCAACCUUGUUUUGCUAAAGGAAUUGGGGAACAGGGGCACAGGAAAAACAUACCUAUACCAGACUAUUAUAUCCGGGCUUCGCUCAAGAAAACAAAUUGUUCUACCAGUUGCUUCUUCAGGAAUAGCCGCCUUGCUACUACCAAACGGGAGAACAUCUCAUUCCCGCUUCAAUAUUCUGUUGAAGCUCGACGAAGAUAAGUUCUGCAACAUCAAACCAGGUACAAUGCUGGCUGAACUAAUUGAGGAAACGGACCUCAUAAUUUGGGAUGAGGCACCUAUGACAGACAAACAUGCUUUCGAAGCAUUAGACAAGACGUUGAAGAACAUAAUGUCUAUGAAAAAUCCACCCGCAAAGAAUCAGCCUUUUGGCGGCAAAACAGUUAUGUUAGGUGGGGAUUUCAGACAGAUCCUACCAGUCAUUCCACAAGGUAGUAGAGCUGAUACUGUAUUAGCUUCGAUAAGCCAUUCAUAUCUAUGGAAUAGCUGCCACAAGUUCUCUUUGAAAACAAAUAUGCGAGUCAAUCAGGAUGAGAAAGAGUUUUCUGAGUGGCUUCUCAAGGUCGGGGAAGGUCGUCUAGAAUCAGGACAAGAAUAUGAGGAUGAUGGGUACCAUGAGUAA